AAGCGGCGGCUCCAGCGGGUGAGGAGCUGGGCAAAGGCCGGCAGCGCCGGUAGCCAGCGGGGAGGGAGGGAAAGAGGGAGCCAAGUUCGGGGUUCUUUUUCCUCUUUUAUCCCUUCCCUGCUUGAGUCAGAGGCUGAAGUCACCGGCAGGAGCACUGCGAAGCUUUUUCCCCAUCUCGGGGAGCCUGUCUGCCCCUAAAGGAUGUGCUGACCCCCGUGAGUGGGAUUUUGGGGGAGCAGAGCCACACAAGAGCAGGAACUCAUCACACAGAAUCAGCCUCUGAUCUGGCCCUUCCACGGCUUCAGCAAUGUUGCCAGGGAAAGCAGAGAAGAGAAUUGCUUCGUCCAUCUUCAUCACCCUCAUGCCACCGCGGAGGGACGUGGCCACCAAGGAGAGAGCCCAGCGGGGGCUGCAGCCGGAUGGUGCCGAGGUCCCCGGCACCCACCAGCCCCAGGUCCUGCCGUGUCCCCCCACACUGCCCAACGGAGAAACCCACCCAGUGGCCCCGGUACCUUCAUCCUCACCAGUCCUCCCUCUCUCUGAAGUGCCUCAGCCCUUGUCCACGGAGGUGCUGGGUCUGGCACUGCAGCAACUGGACCUGGCAGCACCUGCCACCCUCCAGGCCCCUUCCACCUUCCCUGCUGGCUUGAAGCAGCCCACAUUCUGCCAGGAGCAAGCAGGCAAGUGGCAGUGGCAGGAUGCGAAUGGGUACCCGGAGAGGGACAGCUCCAGAGACAUCUGUGCCUUCUGCCACAAAGCGCUGGGGCCGCGGGAGCCGACGGUGGAGGCGAUGCGGAAGCAAUACCACCCCGACUGCUUCACCUGCCGCACGUGCCACCGACUCCUGGCUGGGCAGCGCUACUUCCAGAGAGAGGGGUGUCCCACCUGUGACACCUGCUUCCAGGCCACGCUGGAGAAAUGUGCCAAGUGCCAGGGGCUGAUCACGGAGCGCAUUGUCCGUGCCCUGGGCAAGGGCUACCACCCCAGCUGCUUCUCCUGUGCCGCCUGCGGCCAGGCCAUCGGCAGCGAGAGCUUUGCCGUGGACGAGCAGGGUGACGUGUACUGCGUGCCCGACUUCUACAGCAGGAAACACGCCGCGGUGUGCGGCGCCUGCGAGCGCCCCAUAGUCCCCUGCGAGGAUGAGGACACCUACAAGAUCGAGUGCCUGGGACGCAGCUUCCACGAGAGCUGCUACUGCUGCGAGAGCUGCAGGAUGCCCCUGUCGCCGGAGCUGACCGAGAACAGCUGCUACCCCCUGGAUGACCACCUCCUCUGCAAGUCCUGCCACCUCCGCUGGCGCAACGAGUCAUCCUGCUGAGAGCCUGCAGCUCAACAGCCUCUUCCAGAGCGCCAGAAAGGGGGUGUCCCCAGUGGGCUGCACCCCAUGGCUGACCCUGUGUGCACCCCAAAAUUACUGCAGAGCUGGGUUUUCAGCGCUGAAAUAUCCCCAGGACCCUGAGCCAGUGGAGAUUUGUGGAUGUGUCCCAGCACAGCUCUGCACUCACAAUGAAUAUAAAAUGCUCUGACAGAGCAGCAAUGAGGAAUAGAGGUUUACUCCUUAUUUCUUUUGUAAAACUCCUUUUUCAAGGCCAGUUUUGGUUUUCUUAGGUGGUGUUUCUUUCUUCUCAAGCUUCCUUGGGGUUUCACUGAAAUGUUUUUCUCUGUGGAGAGCAGGCACUGAUUCAGUUACUCACAGUUAAAUAAAACCCCGAGUUUAAAAACUUUCAUUCCUCUCAUCCACCCUGCAUUCCAAACCUGUCAAAUCCAAGUUUAAAACUAAGGAAGAAAAGGUGGUUUUGGAUUUUGUAGGUGUGGCAAGAGUCGGGUCACUCGGGUCCAUAACAGCUGGUUUUAGGGUGUAGCGAUGUGGCAGAUGCUGUUGUUUUUUGGGGUGGAUAUGGGAUCUGGCGUGUUUGGUGGUGUUGAUAAAAGGGGUUUUGGUGUGCUUUGGGGUUUUUUUUUGUUGAUUAUCUAUCCCGGAGCCGGCAGAGGGCAGGCGGAGCACAAAUUCCUCCUUCAGGAGCAGAACUCCAGCUGAAAGCGUGGUGCAGGGCGGGGACGCUGGGGAAGAUGGACAGCCCUCUUUCUGCACGUUACCUGGGAUUGUAUUGCUCUGCCAGUGGAAGCUCUUUGAUCUCCUCUCAGGCCAGGCCUCAAAGCAGCAGAAAUGAGAGCAUUUCUCUGCAUGCCCAACAUCUGCACAGCCGAUGUUGCUGCUGCUUAGUGGGUUUGUUUGCAAGGGCAUUGCAAAUUUUACUUUCUUUUUAACCGAAAGUGUUUAAAAAGCCACAAAUCAAGAGCAGAAAAUAGCAAGAGCCUGUGAGAUGAUGUUUAAUGCUUUCCUGAUGGAAAAUGGGAGCUGUAAACAAAGAAAACAACCACCAGACCAGCUGUUCCUGGAUCACGUACAACAUCUCUGGCAUGUGCUGUGUUUAUGAGUGAAGGGGUUAACGAUGGUUAAUUAAUCACAUCAAUAACUAUUUCCUGAUGACUCUUCCCUGUCUACAAAGCUGGUUACUCAGUGUUGGUUAACGAGCAUCUCCGGGCCACCAAUCAGGCAGCCUUGGAGAAGGUCCUGGAAAGCAAGGAGAAAGGAAAGGCACUGCUGGGGAGUUUAGCAGCAUGGUGAAGGGAUAUGUGGUGAGGUCAGAUUUGGCGUGAUUUUUCAGGAGUGGAGCGUGCCAAGGGACAGGGAUACACAGACACAGGUUAAUGGCAGUCGCAUCCCAGCCAGCUCCCUGCAGCGUUGUUCUUCCCCACAGAGCAUUCAGACCUAUUUUCUGCAGCUUCCUUUGACACAGCCUAAAAAAAUUAUAUUUCUUAAAUGAAAAGCAGUCUGGUCCUGCUGAUUCUGGGAGAGGCAAAAACCAGCAGGGACUAUAACAGGAACAGCGCAAGCCUGGAUUUCUCCAGCUCAUGCAGCACAGGGGUUGAAGCCGCCAUCUCCCGGUCUCCUCACGAUAUGGAAAAUCCCCAAAAGCGCUUAGGGAGGAAAGAAACGAACCAACCAACCAAAAAAAAAAAAAAAAAGCCCGAGGAUUGAUUUAUCAUCAGAGCCGGAGUGGUAUGGGAAGAAACCAUCGCUGCUCGCCUGCUCCCCACGACAGCUUGCCCACCAUUCGCCUAAUUAAAAUCAUACAUUGGUGUGAUCAGACGUGGUAAUGCCAUUAAAAAAAAACAAAAACCCAAAUCCCGUAACAUUCACAUUCUCGUUGUUGGAGGCUGUAGCCAAGAGAUGUAGAUUUUUCCUUGGGAGAUUUGGGAAGGAUUAUUUUUUAAUGAAAAAGAGGAAAAAAAAAAUACCCCCGGAAAAAAAAACCCAACACAAAAUCAAAACAAACAAUGAAAAAGAAACGAAAAGGAAAAAAGAAAGCACAACAAAACCAAACCGCAGUAAGUGAAGCUGCAAACGCAACCGAGUAGUCCGGAUCAGAUAAUUGAUUGCACAAAGAAAGGUAAAAUGGAGCUGCAAUGGCCGGCUUUGCUGUACAUCCAGGAGGAGGGAUCAGCUCCUUUAUCCCAACCAUCGAGCGCUACAAACACCACCAUUUUUUUUUCUCUCUUUUUUUUUUAAAAUCUGCUUUGUUGGGGCGUUUUGUUUGGAGCCGAGGCAGCUGCACCGCCACCCGAGCCGGGGCUGCCAGAGCCGCUCGGGGGCUUCACUUUUACAGAGAUCUCUUAUUUUCCCCCGGCCUUGUGCAAUCCUCUCCCUUUUAUUAUACGGGUUUGGUUUUUUUUUCCCCUCUCCCCUCUGCGGGUGUAAAGGUUUCUCUCCUCUCUCCAGCUUGGCUGCUGAUUCCAGAAGUUUCCGCGGGGGCGGGGAGCCCCCACUGCGGCGUCUUUGCCGCAGCGCCGGGAGGAGGAGGAGGAGGAGGAUGCGGAGGAUGCGCCACCUCUCCCUGGCUGGGAGCCUCAUUCCAAGCCGCUCCCCCUUGCUCCGUUCCCCCAGCCUUGAAAACAGAGCGCUGGGAGGUGUUUGCAGCUUGGAGGGGCUUUGUGGGUUUUUAAAUUUUUUAAAUUUUUUUUUUUUCUGAAUAAAUGGAAAGCAGAGCUGUCGCUGAUGGAGAUGGAUGAGGCAGGGCUGGCAGCGCCGAAGCCCUGCUCCGGCGUGGCCAUGGCACCGAUGGCAUAAGUGACCUUUCCCAGGCGGAGAGAGGGGGGAUUCCCCCCCGGCCCCAGCAUGCUCCUGCUCGGAAUUCAUUUUAAAUAGCAGGCGUAUUAUUUUUUACUUUCCUUCCCCCCUCCCAUUUCUCCUUCACUGUUGUUUUUUGAUUUUUUUUUUUCCGAAGCUUCCUCAUGAUCUUUUUUUUUUUUUUUUUCCUGUGUGUGUUUUGAAUUGCGUUUUAAAAUUGCCCAGCUGGAAACAAGGCUUGAUUAGAGCUGAAACAAUAGCUCCCUUUUAUUAAUAACGGGAAGGAUUUACAAUCAUACAGCACCUUCCUUGGAAAGCUUUCCAAACCAUUUGCAAACACUCACAAAUUUAAGAUUGUGCAGCCCUUGGCUGUGAGGUGGGUAAGUAUUUAAUGGUGCCACCAUGCAAAAUUACCUUGGUGGCAAACCUCAAUUUCUGAGUGCUUAGAAAGAUGACAAAUUUGGUUUGGUGUUUUUUUGGUGGGGUGGAGUGUGGGUCUGGCUAAAAGCUGUUACCUAAAUCUGUAGAUGCAGAGUAUUUUGCUGUGUUCUGGGAACUGGGCUGUUGUGCCUCCAACCAUGCAGCUUUCCAGAGCCGAGCUGUGGAUUUGCUGCAUGUCAGUAAACAUCUGCUUAUGGAUUCUUUCUCUAAUUUAUUUUUUCUUUUUAAUCCAUUCCCUUUUUGCAGUCCCUAAGUGACCUCCUGCAGCACUGCCUCCACUGCGGUUCCACCACAGCUUUGAGCACAGAUGUGUGUCCCUGUGAGCCAGAGUGACCUUGCUGGGGGGACUGGGCCCACUGAGCCAUUCAGCUGCUCUGCUUUGACCCCAAAUCUCUGCACCCCGUUUUUUCCCAGCACAUCCCCUCACCCGGGGGGGAUGCUGCACUUAUGGGUUAAAGCUGUUUCGUGCCUUGUUUUUCUCUGUUGUUUUUUGUUGAUGUUUUUGUUUGUUUCUUUCUUUUAUUUCCAAGGGAAACAAUGUAUUGUUUAUGUAACCCCUCUCCACAGCGGAUUGCUGCAUACCACACAGGGAUCCAGGAAUCACCCAGGCAGUGCAAUCUGGCCUUGCCAGAGGCAUGAGGGACAAGGCUCCAGCCACGUCUGCAUGUGUCACACACAAGCUACACAAACCCGCAGUGUUCCUGUGGUUACUUCUGUCUGCAGAGUAGGAGUGGGUCCCAGGGCUUCCCCUUCCCACUGCUUGCUGGUUCACAAAGGCUGAUGCUUCUGGAAAAAGCUCUGCCUUGUGGCUUUUAAAAUAAAUAAAUAAAGCAGCGCUGCUGUGGAUUAGUCAUCCUUA